UACGAUGAAAACUGACACCAGGCCAUAAAGUGUGGAAACGUUGUCGCUGAAACUUUUCCUUUAUUUUUUUUGAUACCUGUUAGUUGAAAUUAUGUUCAAAAGAAAACUCUUAGCUUUAGAUUACCCUCAACCAGAAACAUUUAAUACCGAAGAUGAGAAUUACUUUAGAAAUUUUAUUGUUUGGUUGGAAGACCAGAAAAUCCGACAUUAUAAAAUUGAGGAAAGGACGGGGCUACGUAACAUGCCCAGUAGUGAUUGGACAAAACAUUUUCAGAAGUAUUUAGAGGAUUUAGGAUGUCCUUAUCAACAGUCCCAAAGAUCUUUAUUAAUUGAUUGGAUAUUAGGAUAUUCAGUCAGAUUAGAAUAUGGGGAUAAUGUUGACCAGUAUAAAACAGUUACACCAGAGAAAGUUACACAGAGUAAAGCACCCCCUGGUGUCUCUUCAAAUCCAUUAGAUAAUUUAGAUUUUGAUGAUCCAGACUUCAAGGCCGGUAUACAGUCACUAUCUAUGAUUUUAAAAGUACCUCCGUAUCAAGAUCAUUUAGAACAACUUAAGGCUAUUUGCUUAGUAGUCAAAGACCGGUUAUCAAAAGAAGCAUUAGAAAAAGCAGAAAAAUAUAAAGAGGAUAAUAUAGAACAUCUUGAAUUAGAAAAAACAUCAUUAGGUUUUGAUACAGGAGAUUAUAUAAUCAAUGAAGCUGCAAAGAUUUUACGUUUAAUUCAUAUAAGAGAUUUACGAGAUCUACAGAACCAAAUAAACCAGGCUAUUGUAGCUGUGCAAGCUUUGAUAGCUAAUCCUAAAACAGACAGUAGACUUGGCAAAGUUGGCAGAAUGUAAAUUCCAUCCAAGUAUUGAUAAUGACACAAAUAAAUAAGUGCUAUUUAACUUGUACUUCAGUUAGAAGAACAAGAACAUUGAUUUUUUUGCUUUAAUGAAAUGUUACAGACACAAAAAACUGUAUUGAAUAUAGAUUACUCAACAUUAACACUGUUCAGUUGUAUGGGCAUAAAUAACUUUAUGAUGACUUUUUAUGUCUACAACCAAAAGUUUAAAGUGAUAGAGUAAAUUGAGGGGUAUCAAAUUCAUCUGCUGAAUAGAUGUUUCCUAAAUAAGCUCCGAGAUCAUUAUUUUUGCUAUCCAUUAGUUAUACUACAUGUACACAACAAAUGUUUAGGUCCCAUACAGGACACUGUCCACUUCAAAUUGAUUAACUGGUCAUGGCAAUGUGAACCCCUCCAAAAAGACAAACAAGUAGGUACACUAAACAUCAGAGGUAGAUUUAGGUGUAGAAACAUGAAACACAUUUUUUCUAGAGGUUAUUGAUGUGUAAACUGGCCCAUUAACUUACAAACUGAAUGGAAGUCCAAAGGACUUUUAUGUAAAGUUUGUUAGUCAGUGACCCAGUUAUGGAUAAACCAAUAACCUCUAGAAAAUUUGUGUUAAUGUUGAUCGGGUGUCUUUUUCUGAGCAUCCCUUCUGGGCAUCUUGCAAAAACACUUUUUGGGUUUAAAAAUAUUUUACCAAGUAUCAUUCAACAUACAACAGAAAAAUCUUAAACUUGAAAUUUUAGGAUUAAACUAUCAAAAAAUUAAGUGUCGUUAAGUGUAUUUCAGAAAAAUCCUUUUAAAUCAAGGGCAGAUAAUUAUAUUGAAUUUGAUAGGACAAUUUGUUUUUUUGUGACCCUCUAUUUUAAUUUAAUAUUUCGGAGGUAUUUAUGAAAAGCAAUUCUUUAAUUGAAUUUUAACCAAUUGUAUCAUUUAAUGUUUCCUCAAUAAGGAAAAUUAAAAUAAGUUUCCCCUAUAUAACCCAUAUAAAAUAAAUGGAAUAUUGUUAAUUUCAAUGGAUUUUAGCAAAAAAACAAGGUCCUUGACUCCCAGGUUUAUUUUGAAAUGUGAAAGUACACUGACCUAGAAGUCUUUUACAAAAUUUAAGAAAAAUCUAUUGUCGAACAUUUAGACACCCCAGCUACAUUAAAUACUUAUAAUUCUCAAAACACUUCCGACAAAACUAUGCAAGGUGAACACCUCCAAAAAACACAUGAAUAGGAUUUUUCAAAACCAUGGGCAUUAUUCCUGCUAAAUUGGCCUUCUUUUACUUUAGUGUACUAUGUACUUUUGGUUAGGUUUUGUUUUAUUUUAGGGUUCAGGAUAAUGUAAUGGCUAUAAAUGGAGUCUGGGUUAGUUUAGUAUAGCUCUAUAUUGGUAUAGACCCCUUAAGUAAAAGAAGGCCACUAAAUGGACACUACUAGUUUCCCCAAAGACUUAGUAUAACAUGUUGAUAUUUAUGGGGUUUUAAGAAAACAGUAUAGUUUAGGUUUAAUUUUUUACAACAUGUAUUUGUUUUUGUUGUUACACAUGUACUUAAAUUUAAAUGUCUAAACAUGUCCAUAGUAGUGCCAAAUAAAACUUGUCUGAUAAUUAUCUGGUACAUAUUUAUUUCACAAGAGUAUAUGCAGAAUCUACUUAGUAGUAUUGAUGUACUUCCUGACAGAAAUCAUUUAUUUUAAGGUCCUGUUCAGAUUGUCAUAGUAAUUUUAUAUGUUUGGUUGUGUUAGUCGUUUUCAAGUCAGGAAUAUGACAGUUGUUUUUUGUUUGUUUGAUGUGUUUGAGCUUUUGAUUUUGCCAUUUGAUAAGGGACUUUCUGUUUUGAAUUUUCUUUGGAGUUUGGUAUUUUUGUUAUUUUACUUUUUUCAUUAUAAAAUUAAAGGGGCAUUAGCUCAAUUCAUGUUCACUGAUAUGACCAAAAUUCUCAUAUUUCAUUUAUAACAUACUAAAACUGUGAUUCAAAUGAGUUGAGUUAUUGACUUGCAAGCCAUUAAUACAUCAGUGAUGUUUUUGAGGUUAUUUUGAUGAAAUUGACUUUUAUCAUGUCAAAGAAGCAGACUAUUGAAUGGUUAUGUUAUAUUAGUAACAGUUUUUUUCUAGAGGUGUCAGCUGGUCAAUUAACUCACAAACUGGAUUUGGACUAUUUUAGUAAAGUUUGUGAGUCAGCAGCCCAGUUUAUAAACCAAAACCUCUUGAAAAAUGUGUUAAAUCCUUACAAUUCUCAACCUGAACAUUUGUUCUUUUUAUACGCCCGUUUACGGGACGCAUUAUGGUAUACCGUUGACCGUCUGUCCGUCUGUCUGUCUGUCUGUCCGUCCGUCCGUCGUCAACAUGUCGGACAUUAACUCAAAAACGCUUUAACCAAUAUGCAUGAAACUUUGGUGAAUUGUUUAUAUCUAUUGACACGAGCUCCCUUUCGUUUUUUAUAAGUUUCAGAUUUACCGUUUCCGAGUUUUGGGGUUUUAUUCAUUAAAUUUGGAUUUUCCAGUUUGUGGACAAUAACUCAAAAACAAUUUCACCAAUUUGCAAGAAACUUUGGUGAAUUGUUUAUUUCUAUCGACAUGAGCUCCCUUUUGAUUUUUAUAAAUUUUAGACCAUACGUUUCCGAUUUAUGGGGUUUUAUUCAUUACAAAAAGGAGGAUUUUCCAGUUUUCGGCCAAUAACUCAAAAAUGCUUUCAGCAUUUUUUCUGAAACUUUGGUGAAUUGUUUAUAUCUAUUCAGUAUUGAUUGAUGUAAGCUCCCUUUAGAAUUUUAUAAAUUUUACAUUUUACAUUUCCGAGUUAUGGGGUUUUAUUCAUUAAAAUAGAGGGGAUUUUCCAGUUUUAGGACAAUAACUCAAAAACAAUUUCACCAAUUUGCAAGAAACUUUGGUGAAUUGUUUAUUUCUAUCGACAUGAGCUCCCUUUAGAUUUUUUUUAAAUUUUAGACUAUACGUUUUCGAUUUAUGGGCUUUUAUUCAUUACAAAAAGGGGGAUUUUCCAGUUUUCAGACAAAAACUCAAAAAUGCUUUCAACAUUUUUUAUGAAACUUUGGUAAAUUAUUUAUAUCUAUUGUUGUAAGCUCCCUUUUGAUUUUUAUAAAUUUAAGAUUUUACGUUUCUGAGUUAUAAGAUUUUAUUCAUAAAAAAAGGGUUGUUUUUCAAGUUUUUGGACAAUAUCCUUAAAGUGCUUGGAGCAGUUUUCAUUAAACUUUGAUGACUGGUUUAUAUCUAUUAAGAUAACCUCCCUUUAAUUUUUUAUAAAUUUCUGAUAUAACAUUGUUUCUUUCAAUUUUGACUUUCUUAGAACCCCAGGAUUCAAUUCUCACAUGAAUAUAUCACAGUGAAAUCCACAUAGUGUUUACAUAUAUAGGUUACAAAAACAGUUUCUUCAACAUGGUCUAUUGAAGUGAAAUCCAAGGGGAAAAAUCAUAAUGGACCAAUCACAUUCCAGAGUUCUUGAAAAGUGGUGGUCCGAAGGCAAAGGCAAAAUAUGGCAAAGGAACAACACAAUUUUGGUAUUUUGGAGUAGAAAUAAUUGUGAGGACCAUCAGAUUUUCUUCAAGGACCACUAGGGAAAAAAAGAUUUCAAGUUUUUGAAGAUAUGCAAACCAUAUAAGAAUUAUUGUAUGCAAACCAUAUAAGAAUUAUUGUAGGUAUUCUACUCGAUCUUAAAAUAAAAUCAUUACCUUUUGUAUUUCGAUUAUUUCAUUUAAAAAUAUCAGAAUGUAUGGUAACAGAAUUUUUCAUUUCAAUCAGGUACCGGGGUAAAUAAAAUGUAAGAAAUAUUUAUGGAAAGCUUUUUUUUACCAAUUUUACCAUAUACAAAAUGUAUAUAAAGUUUCAUGUACAUGUAUGCAUAUGAUUUUAAAAGUAAAUUUAACUAAAUUAGGAUAGGAUAAAAUUUAUAUAUGGUAAAAUAUAAACAGAGAGAGCCCUGGGAAUACACCUAUGUUUUAAUUACAGAAUCACAACCAGUACAUUAAAUAUGUUGCAGUGAUGGCACAAUGUUAAUGUUGUUGACCUAAAAUCUGUAAAUGUAAAAAAAAAAUUCAAAUUCAAAUAUAAAAUGGUGGAGGGUGAACAAUUAUUGUUUUGCACUAGAAACAGUGGUUGAAUUAUUAUUUUUUUUUCUCUCAUCAGUUUUAUGCUAACAUAACUUUUCUUUCUUGAUGAUUUGCUAUAAUAAAUUGUGUUCUUUCUAUGAGAGGCAUGGUUGCCUUUUUAAAUGCCUGUCUAAGAUGGGAAGUAUUAUGGUAUAUUGUGUCUGUCUGUCCGUGGUCAACACUAUGGACAAUAACUCAAAAACACUCACCAAUUUUCAUGAAACUUUGGUGAAUUGUUUAUAUCUAUUGACGUAAGCUCCCUUUCGAUUUUUUUAAAUUUUACAUUUUACCUUUCCAAGUUAUGGGAUUUUAAUCAUAAAAAAUUAGGGAUUUCAGUUUUCUGACUAAAUGCUUUGAGCAAUUUUCAUGGAACUUUGGUGAAUUGUCUAUUUAUAUUGACAUAAGUUCCCUUUUGAUUAUUUUUUAAAUUUCUGAUUUUACGUUUUGGAGUAAUGGGACUUUAUUCAUAAAAAAGGGGUGAUUUUCCAGUUUUCAGACAAUAACUCAAAAACCCUAUAAGCAUUUUUCAUGAAACUCUGGUGAGUUGUUCAAAAUGUAUAUCUAUUGAAAUAAGCUCCCUUUUGUUUUUUAUAAAUUUCUAUAGCGGAGUUAUGGAACUUUAUUCAUUGAAAAAAUCGAUGAAAUUCACAGUAUUUCUAGUUGAUCAUAUAAAUUCAUUAGUGAUGUCACAAUAACAAAAACAGAAGAAUUGAAUUUGAUCAAUGAAAGUCUGACAACAAUCAAACCAAAAGUGAUUUUCAAAAAAAUUAACUUCCAUAGUUGGAGAAAAUAUAAAUAGGCCUAGAAAUAGAGAAUGACUAUUAUAACAUCUCCUACUUUAUACAGAUUCUAAUAGUUCACUAUAGGUUAUGAGUAUUGAUUAUUACCUGUUAUUUUACACAUCUUUUUCCUUUGGUAUUUAUGUUUAGGAUAGUUGUCUUAUUUUACAAUUGUUCCUUUAUUUUAUACAAAUGUACUCAUUAUGGUCAACUGUUAAUGUAAACUACGUACUCAUUAUGGUCAACUGUUAAUGUAAACUACGUACUCAUUAUGGUCAACUGUUAAUGUAAACUACGUACUCAUUAUGGUCAACUGUUAAUGUAAACUAUUUGUCAUAGGUUGAAUCCGUUUAUGCAAUAAAUGGUUCAAAAAGGGAAA